UCUCGCUUAUUCGUAGUACUAGGGCAAGAGGAGCCGGAGCUUGCAAGAGAGAGCGAUCAAAGCUUAGAUUUUUCUGCUUUUUGGUUUUUGUUCGUGUUUGGAUCCAUGGCUUUGAACAGUGGAGUAAGGUCGGGGUUGAAGUUAUUGACCUCUUCUGAAUCUGCCCUAUCGAAAUCAGUCAGUCGAGGAUUCCACUCAACUGGAGUGAAGAGAAUGGGAGGACAUGGCCAUGAUGAGCCAUUCUACAUUCACGCAAAGCACAUGUACAACUUGGACAGAAUGAAGUAUCAGGGAUUGAAGAUGUCUCUUGGUGUGUUUACCGCCUUCAGCAUUGGCGUCGGUGUUCCUGUCUGGGCUGUCAUCUUCCAACAAAACAAGACUAAAUCUGGUUGAUUUGUCAUGUAUUGGUUGAAAU